AUGAAGAAUUGGGAGGUGGUAGUUUUGAUAGAAACAUGGCAAGAGGAAAAGGGGGCUGAAAGAAUAAGCGGGAGACUACCGAAGGGGUACAAGUGGAAGAGACAGUGGGCGAAAAGAGAGAAUAGAAGAGGGAGGGCGAAGGGAGGGAUGUGGAUAGGAAUAAGCGAAAGGUUGGAAAUAAUAGAGGAGAGGAAUUGGGAGGAAGAGGAAGAGCAGGGAAUAAUAACGGGGAGAGUGAAAGCAGGAGAGGAUACUUGGACAAUAGUAGGAGUGUAUGUACAAGGAGAUAUGGGGAAAAAAAUAAGGAAGAUGAGGCAGUGGAUUGAGCGGCAAGAGAAAUUGGUGGAAGAAACGGGGUGGGAGAUUCUGACCGGAAAUAUAGAGGGAGACGAAGAAGGGGAGUAUACAUACACAGGAGGAAGAGGAGAAACGGUAAUAGACUACGUAAUAGGGGAUGAGAGAACGAGAGGAAAAGUAAGGAACGUAAUAGUGGAAGACAGGGUGGAGUCGGACCACCAGCCUUUGGUGGUGACAAUAAGGAAGGGAGGAAGGAAGAAGGGGGGAAGAGUAGAGAGGGAGAUAAGGAAAGGGAAGGGCGGAAAAUGGUCGGAGAGAAAGAAAGAAGAAUAUAGGAGGAAGAUGGAAAGAAUAGAGUGGGAAGAAGGGGACAUACAGGCAACAGCAGAAAGGACAAAAGAGAAGAUAAAAAGAGUGAUGAGGGAGAGCGAGGAAAUAGAGGAAGAGAGGGAACAAAAAAAGAGAGGCGGAUGGUGGGACGAGGAGUGCAUAGGCAGAAAGAUGGAGCUGAGAAGAGCACUAAGAGGUUGGAGGGAGGAACGGGUGGGAAGAGAAGAGUACGGGGAGAAAAGGAGGGAACACAAGGAGCUGUGUGAGGCAAAGAAAAAAGAGGAACAGGAUAGAUUGAUUAGAGAGAUAGCAGAGGCUAGGACAGAGGAGAAGGUAUGGGAGAUAGUGAACAGGGGGAGGAAAAUUAGGAAGAAAAUAGACGAGAGAAUAUCACUGGAGGAGUGGAAAAGAUAUUUUAUGGAACUAUUGGGGGGAAGAGAGCAAAGGGAGGAGAGAAGGAUAUACAGGGAGAGGCAAGGGCAGGAGGAGGAAAUAAGCAGAGAGGAAAUAAAGAAGGCGAUAAAGAAAAUAAAGGCGGGGAAAUCGGUGGGAGGGGACGGAAUACCAAACGAAGCAUGGAAAUACGGAGGGAAAAGGACGGAAGAAAGGGCGUGGGAGAUAUGCAGAAGAGUGUGGAGGGGAGAGGGGUGGCCUAAGGAAUGGGAGGAGGGGAUAAUAGUACCAAUAGUGAAAAAAGGGGAAGGAAAGAGGGUGGAGGAGUAUAGGGGGGUUACGGUAAUGCUGUCGCUAUAUAAGAUAUAUGCGACGGUGUUAGCAAGAAGACUGGAGAGGGAGAUAGAAGAGAAGGGGAUUGUGCCACCGAAUCAAACGGGCUUUAGAAGAGGGACUGGAACAAUAGACAGCAUAUACGUGAUGAAUUACCUGGUGGGCAGAAGAUGUGUGGAAAAAAAAGGGAAAGUAAUAGCGAUGUUUGUGGAUUUAAAGGCGGCGUUUGACUCAGUGGACAGAAAGGUGUUAGUAGAAACGAUGGAAAAAAGGGGAGUAAGGGAAGGGAUAAGAGAAAGGGUUAGAGAGAUUUAUGAGGAAACGAGGAAUAAAGUAAGGGUAGGAGGAGUGGUAGGGGAGGAAUUCUGGACCGUCAGGGGGAAAAUUCGGAAAGAACUGGGAGAGGAGGAUGUGGCUGUACGACUCGCUGGUGUGGACGGUGAUGGCAUACGGGGUGGAAAUAUGGGGAUGGGAGGAGUGGCAGGGAAUGGAAAGGCUGCAAGAUAG